CCCGCCCCCGGCGCCGGCGCGCCUCCCCCGCCCGGACUCCCCCAUGUAUGACGACUCCUACGUGCCCGGGUUUGAGGACUCGGAGGCGGGCUCAGCCGACUCGUACACCAGCCGCCCCUCUCUGGACUCCGACGUCUCCUUGGAGGAGGACCGGGAGAGUGCCCGGCGUGAAGUGGAGAGCCAGGCCCAGCAGCAGCUCGAGAGGGCCAAGCACAAACCUGUGGCGUUUGCUGUGAGGACCAAUGUCAGCUACUGCGGUGUACUGGACGAGGAGUGCCCAGUCCAGGGCUCUGGAGUCAACUUUGAGGCCAAAGAUUUUCUGCACAUUAAAGAGAAGUACAGCAACGACUGGUGGAUCGGGCGGCUAGUGAAAGAGGGCGGGGACAUCGCCUUCAUCCCCAGCCCCCAGCGCCUGGAGAGCAUCCGGCUCAAACAGGAGCAGAAGGCCAGGAGAUCGGGAAACCCUUCUAGCCUGAGUGACAUUGGCAGCCGGCGCUCUCCUCCACCAUCUCUAGCCAAGCAGAAGCAAAAGCAGGCAGAACAUGUCCCCCCAUACGACGUGGUGCCCUCCAUGCGGCCUGUGGUGCUGGUGGGGCCCUCUCUGAAAGGUUACGAGGUCACGGACAUGAUGCAGAAGGCUCUCUUUGACUUCCUCAAACACCGGUUUGAUGGCAGGAUCUCCAUCACCCGAGUCACAGCUGACCUCUCCCUGGCAAAGCGGUCUGUGCUCAACAACCCUGGCAAGAGGACCAUCAUCGAGCGCUCCUCGGCCCGCUCCAGCAUUGCUGAAGUGCAGAGUGAGAUCGAGCGUAUAUUUGAGCUGGCCAAAUCCCUGCAGCUGGUAGUCCUGGAUGCGGACACCAUCAACCACCCAGCACAGCUGGCCAAGACCUCGCUGGCCCCCAUCAUCGUCUUUGUCAAAGUGUCCUCCCCCAAGGUACUCCAGCGGCUCAUCCGCUCCAGGGGCAAGUCCCAGAUGAAGCACUUGACUGUGCAGAUGAUGGCGUACGAUAAGUUGGUUCAGUGCCCUCCAGAGUCAUUCGACGUGAUUCUGGACGAGAACCAGCUAGAGGAUGCCUGUGAGCACUUGGCCGAAUACCUAGAGGUUUACUGGCGGGCCACCCACCACCCAGCCCCUGGUCCUGGACUUCUGGGCCCGCCCAGUGCCAUCCCUGGACUUCAGAACCAGCAGCUGCUGGGAGAGCGAGGCGAGGAGCACUCACCGCUGGAGCGGGACAGCUUGAUGCCCUCAGACGAGGCCAGCGAGAGCUCCCGCCAGGCCUGGACGGGGUCUUCACAGCGGAGCUCCCGCCACCUGGAAGAAGACUACACAGAUGCCUACCAGGACCUGUACCAGCCGCACCGCCAGCACAGCUCAGGGCUGCCCAGUGCUAACGGGCACGAUCCCCAAGACCGGCUCCUGGCCCAGGACUCGGAGCACAGCCACAAUGACCGGAACUGGCAGCGCAACCGGCCUUGGCCCAGGGAUAGCUACUGACCGCACCGUCGCCGUGCCCUGGCAGGCACGGGCGCAGCUGGCUGGGACACCCACUCCAGGCAGGUUGGAGUUAGACUGGCAUUAGGCUGCCACUAGACUCAGCUCCCACAGUCCCCUGCCACGCCCCGGCUCCAGGGCUGCCUGUGGUCCCAAGGUUCUGGGAGAGGCAGGGGGCCCUCUUACCUCCUGAGCACAGUGACCCCCUAGGCUCCAUCCCAGGUACUAGCUGUGUGUUCUGCACCCUUGGCACCUUCCUUGCCUCCUGCACAAGAAGCUGCCCCACUGGGCAGUGCCCUCAGGCCAGGAUCCCCUUAGCAGGGGCCUUCCCACUAGACUCAGGGAAGGGAUCCCCUCUCAGAGUAGCUGCAAGGGUGGGGUGUGGAUGCCACGGCGUGAGGAAGCAGCAAGGUUCCUGAGCAGGCCCGAGUCCUAGCAGGCAAGGGGCUUGGGGCUUACGCUUUGGAGUCUGAAGGCCUCUGCUCACCUCACUUCAUGUCAGAAACGAGACAAUCAGAGUGGAGUGGGGACCCACAUCCACGGCUAGAGCAGCAGGCGGGGAGGCCAGGCUCACGACUGCAGCUGCAGGUCUGGGAGGGAAGGGUCUUAGCCUCUGGCAGGACCAGGGAGCCAGAGCACGAUCACACUGCGGGGGACAGGAGCCCUCCUGGACUGGGGGUUUGGGAAGACGGAGUGUCCGGGCUCCUCGCCUCUCCUUUUGCCCUUGCAUCCUGUCAUUGCUGUUCUUGCCCUUCGGGCCUCCUGGAAGACAGGAGCGCCAGACCCUGACCCCUGACCCAGUGCUGCUUGUUAGGGUAGGGCUGGAGGGGGAGACGGGACAGCGGACAGCCCGAGCCGUCUGCCUGGCCACCCUCGCCUAUGGCUCCAGCGUGUGACGGACAGAGCAUGUUCCAUAAGACCCCGCCCCACCUCAGUCAUCAAUAAAACACCAUGCACCACC